GCGCCAACCUCUUCUCAGGCAGGAGACACGACGACAAAGGCGUGAACGCCGACUUGCUCAUGGAGUGUCUGCGGAGGGGGAGGGGCAGGUUACAGUUCUUCGAGCAUCUGGACGAUGAGAUGAGAGGACUGGGGGAGGACGAGUGGGAGCAGGCAAAGCAGAGUAGUACACCCGACGCAGCUUGGCAACUCUUCGGCAAUGCAACCAGGCAAGCCCUUCGCAAGUCUUUCGGCAAAGCAGACCAGCAGUUAGAUGAUGACGGAAAAAUGGUCAGAUGUAAGCGCAUGGAGCUUCUUGAACAAAGACGUGAAAUACGAGCAAACAUGCGACCCGACACUACUCAAGAGCAGUACGACGGGCUCCUGGAAGACCUGGCUACUGCGACGGCACUGCUGAAACGAAUGCGAGAGGACAGUCUUGUGAAGCGACGUGCGCAGAUUGUACAACAGAUCUGGGAGGCAUAUGAGGCCUCCAACUUUGCCGAGAUGCACAGAUUGCGGAUAGCAUACAACAUGAAUGGGAGGGGCCCCAAAAAACGUUUCUAUUAUUCUCCAAAAACAUAUUGGACAGCAGAGCAGUGGAUACACGAGCUUGGCAAGCACCCGCACGAGGGAGGUUUGGGAGGGACGCAGAUGGAUGUGCAGGAGGAGCGAGCCCAGCAUGAGCAGCAUCAGGCAGAGGGAGAACUCCCAGCCCCCCUCGACCACGCCAUCCUCCAUGCUGUCGAGAAAGACAAGCGUGCUAUGCGACGGUAUUGCCGCAGGGCGAAGAAGAGACGCGCUUGGCCAGCCUGGGGUCUUCCGAUCGAAUGCACGUGGAUGUUGCUAGAUCCCCAGGCCCAUUUAGAGGACCCAGAUGAAGCAAGUAAAAGGCUGGAGAAGCGAGCGAUAGCAAAAGCAGAGAAGGAGAAGGACGAUGAGGAGCUAGCCAAGCACACUACGCUGUUCAAAUAUAAGAAGGGACGACAGCUGAUGCAGGAAAUGGGUUGGUUGGAGGGCACGCAGCUGGGGACAUCGGGGCAGCAACUGACGGGGCAAGAGCUUGACCAUCUCACGACAGCACCAUACUUUGUGGGACGUCAGUUCAACGACUGCUACGACAUUUACGUCGACCAGUGGCACCAGCAAGAACGAGAAGACAUUACCCAAACACUGCACGACACAAUCAACCCAGUCAACAACCAAGUACACGACCUCUCCCUCAAUACCUUCAUG